AUGAACGGCAUAGAUAGUUUUGGAAGUCCUCUCUUCAAAAAUUAUCAAGAUUCAUAUACAUCACAUAAUGAAUCAAUACUUCAAUGUAAUGUCGGAAAUAAUUGCUUCGAUGCAAAACAAAGACGAAUUGUGAAUGUCGGGAAACCUAUAAAUAAGCAAGAUGUUGUGAACUUGGAAAGUCUUGGACAGUGUUUGUCAUUAGAUGAUAAAGAAUCAUACUUUGACGCAAAAAAUAAAAAAAUAAGUAAUGUAGCAAGUCCAGAAUUUUCUACUGAUGCUGUGGAUUUAUACACCCUUAUCAAUCAUUACAAUAAUUCAUACCAUCGGACAAUUAGGAUGAAACCAUCGCAAGUCAAUCAACAAAAUGAAAAACGGGUUUUAAAUGAUUCGUACAAUCAUAUUAAGGUGGUGGGUCCAAAACAAAAAUUUACAGUUGGUGAUCAUGAAAGGAUAAGUAAAUUUAGAACGGCGUUUGCUCGUGGUUUUCAUCCAUCAUGGACACCAGAAAUAUUCACCGUUCGCGAGGUGAAACUUACAAAUCCAUGA